AUGAAAUUAUUAUCAACUUCAUCAAAAUGUUUUAAACAAUCAUUAAAGAUAAACUAUAGAAAUUUUAGCUCAUCAAAUAAAAUUUUUAAAAACUAUACAAACAAUAGUAAAAAUUAUAAUAAUAACAAUAAUAAUUCUUUUAAUGAAAAUAACUAUAAAUUAAUUUCAGCAAUUGGAGUCUCAACAAUAGUUGGUUUAGGAUUUUUUUCAAUUUUAAAUUUAGAAGAAGAAAAAAAAAAUAUUAUAAUUGAAAAGAAUAAAAUUGAUAGAAUACCAGAUGAAGCAAAAAAAGAAUUGGUAUUAAUAUUUUCAGAAAGAUUUGUUACACAUCCAUCAGAUUUGGAAGCACAUGGUAAAGAUUUUAGUUAUCAUGAAAGAGCAUCACCAGAUGCAGUUAUUUAUCCACAUAAUCAAGAGGAAGUUAAAAAGUUGGUAGAUAUCGCAAGAAAGUAUAGGAUACCAUUGAUUGCAUGUGGUGCAAUGACAAGUUUAGAAGGUCACACUCUUUCAAACUAUGGCGGUAUUUCAGUAGAUUUUAGAAAUAUGUCUAGAGUGUUACAAAUUUAUAAAGAUGAUUUCUACGUAACCGUCCAACCAGGUAUUUCCUACGGUGAUUUAAAUGAGGAAUUGAAAAAGAUUGGAUUCUUUUUCCCAGUUGAUCCAGGUCCUGGUGCAACUAUUGGUGGUAUGAUUGGAACAAGUGCAUCUGGUACUCAUUGUGUUCACUAUGGUACAAUGAAGGAUAACGUCCUCUCGAUGAAAGUUGUGCUCCCAAAUGGUGAUAUUGUAACCACAAGAAGCAAAGCAAAGAAGUCAUCAGCAGGCUAUGAUCUCAACCAUCUCUUCAUUGGGUCUGAAGGCACAUUGGGUAUUGUUGUCGAAGCAUCAUUAAAAAUCCAACCAAUUCCAACCUGUUCACAAGUCUCAUUGGUAACAUUUGAUAGUAUCACCUCUGCAUGUGAUGCAGUAAUUAAAACCAUGCAAUCGGGUGUUCAAAUUGGUAGAGUUGAAUUAUUGGAUGAUGUUAUGAUGAAUGCAGUCAAUUUAGCAAGUAAUACAAACUAUUCAGAGAAACCUACUUUAAUUUUCGAAUUCUCAGGUCCAUCGCAAGGUAUGGUUCAAGAACAAAUUUCAAAAGUUAGUGAAAUCACCAGAGAAUGUAAUUCUUUAGAUUUUAAAUUCUCAAGUACAAAUGAAGAAAAAGAAAAUCUUUGGAUGGCUAGAAAGGUUGCAUUAUGGAGUUCAAAAGUUUUAAGACCAUCAUCUGAAGUUUGGAUCACUGAUGCUUGUGUACCAAUCUCAAAACUCUCUAAAAUUAUAGAUGAAACAAAAGUUGAUAUCUCUAAAACCUCAUUAUUAGCACCAUUGGUAGCUCAUGCUGGUGAUGGUAACUUUCAUCUUUUCAUUCUUUUUGAUCCAAAUAAUCCAAAAGAAUUUGAAGAAGCUAAAUUCAUAAAUGAUAAUUUAGUUAAUAGAGCAAUUGAAUAUAAAGGUACUUGUACAGGUGAACAUGGUGUUUCUUUUGGUAAAAUUAAAUAUUUGGAUAAAGAAUUAGGAAAAGAAGCAGUAGAUUUAAUGGCAACAAUUAAAAGAUCAAUUGAUCCUUCUAAUUUAAUGAAUCCUGGAAAAAUUAUCACUGUCGAGAAAUUUAAUGAAAAAAAAUAA